AUGGAGGGAGAGUCGGUGGGAAGCUCGACGGAGCCGUCUCUCACGACUAGUGCGGCAGUGAUUCGGGCUUUGAGUUCCUCUUCCACUGCUUGGGAGGAGACUACAUCGUCCAGCGUGGCGGAGACGACGGCUGCGUCACAGCCAUUGAGUUGGUUGAAGCACACUUUUGUGAAGGACAAGACACCUCUGCAGGCAUUGGUGGAGCAGGCGGACGUGCGGAUAAUCGGUGAUUCUGUGAGGACAAGCGAUAAGUAUGAGUCGCUUAAGAUGAUUGGAAUGACGCUCUUUAUUCCGGUGGAUUCGGCCUUCGAUCAGCUCCCCUUUGAGUUGAGCACGAUAACCCAGAAUGGCGUGGUUAAGGAGAAUCCCGAAGCCUACAACUGGACGGCCGUUGAGCCUUGCUUGGGCUGUCAGUCCAUGCGGCCUCAUUACAGCUUCAAGCCCACGUUGGGUGUCUCUGCAGCGCACGCUAAGAUUGCCAAGGAUCUCGAAGACUUAAUUCUGUACCAUGUGGUCCGGAGACAAGUACCUCCCGGCAUGAUCGAAAAGAAGAUGAAACUCAACAUGCGGUCAGAAAUGAAUGGCAGCACUCUUUCAAUUGAAUAUGCGAUGCCUGGUGCUGGUUCUGGAUCGCAAGCCGGACCAAGCUCAGCGGGCUAUAGCUCAAUCACGGGGCAACAGCACAAGCAACUUCCCGCAUCAAACGCGGUUCCCUCAGUCGUCAUUGGUAGCACUGGCGCUCGGGUUUUGGAGGUUGUCCAUUGCCGGAACGGCUUCAUCUAUAAGCUAGAUCGCCCCCUGACGCCGUCAUUCAAUGUAAAUGCUCCGACAUUGAUGGAGUACAUUAGCAAUCAUCCGGAAUACACAAGAUUGAAGUACCUGCUACUUCAUUCGCACCUUUUCGAUGGCUGGAUCGGAAGCGCUGGUCCUAUUACCGUGCUGUUGAUAAAAGAUGAUGGUUGGAAGAUCAACGGCAUUCCAGUACCGGAUUGUUUCUUCAAGGCUCUGGUGAGACCGGCAAAUCGAGACAUGCUUCUGAAAAUAUUAAAGUGGGUUACUGUACCGGGUAUUUGGAGGAGGGGAGAGAUUGAGAACAGUCAGUGGCUGCUCAAUACCGAGGCACCGGCACUGAUGGUAAACCAUGUUUAUCGUUUGGUCGAUAAUACCGGGAAAAAAGCGCUUUCUAAUGAUGGCGCACACGUGUUUGCGAAUGGUAAAUAUUUCGGUACUGUUCCCCCCCGAGAGCCGGAGAUCAUUAUUACAGGUGAAGACGGUAUAGGAAGUGAGGAUGGUCCGGAGGUAUUUCGUGGUAAUGGAGAUUUGUUGAUUUUGAUAGAAGGAAAGGAGGUGAUUGAAUGGAAUAUUCCCCUGCAUAAUGGGUAUGCCCAUGUGUUGAGUGAAUUACCCUUACGACCUGAUAUUGAUUUGACUCCGGUUCUGUGGGAUUGUUUGGAUUUCUUAUGCUCGGAAUGUCCUAUUGUAACCAAGUUUGCUCUAAAAUUCUUGGACAAUGGGGGCCUACUGCCAGAUGUGUCUAAUCCGAAAGCAUAUAUUGUUCCGAAUGGUAUCCGUCCUGACUGGGUGUGUAGUAACCAUAGAAAUUGGUUCCCUCCAGGUUGGGAGUUGCGGGAAUGGAAAAAAUACAUUGAUGCAGCUAAGAUGAACAAUUACAAACAAGCUCAGAAACUGGCGAAGGAAGGAUGGUUCAAAGCAGCGGCCAAACGUGAGAAGCUAUUAGACCAAUAUGAAGAAGCUAGACAACAUCUAAAGAGGAUCUGGGCACAUUAUCAUGACCCACAAUCAUACGUUAUGGGACGCAAGGAAGAUCCAACACAUCUCUUGGGUUGGCUCAAUAGUAAACGUGACCUAAGCAUGAAACCUGGAAUCUGCGAACCUCGAGACCGAAUGUACAAGCAUCGCCAUGGUUUCAGCCAUCAAUCUAAUAGUAUUAUAGUGGAUGAUGAGGAUAUAGGCUUCUCAUAUGACGACUGGAAGUACAUUACCCAAUGGAUCUAG